CUUAAUCCGAGGCGGUUCAAUCGAGUUGCGCAGUCGCGAAGCAAGCGACUUGCCAGUGCGGUUUUUGUGUGUCGCGGAGGUUGAAGAGUAGGGGCGUUUUCCAGUGGGAAAUAAGAAGAGGAAAGAAAGAAAAAUACCACAAUUCAAUCACAAACAGUCAUGGCUGAAGCUGAUAACAGAAGUGCUAAUUUAAUUGCCCAGGAGACUGCCCAGCUGGAGGAGCAGCUCCAGGGGUGGGGGGAGGUGAUCCUGGCAGGGGACCGCGUCCUGCGUUGGGAGAAGCCCUGGUUUCCCGGAGCCCUGGUCGGUGUCACAACGCUGUUCUUUGUGUUGAUCUACUAUCUGGACCCGUCAGUCCUGACUGGGCUGUCCUGCACCGUCAUCCUCCUGUGCCUCGCUGAUUACCUGGUUCCCAUCCUUGCCCCCAGAGUGUUUGGGUCUAACAAGUGGACCACUGAGCAGCAGCAGCGCUUCCAUGAAAUCUGCGGGACGCUGGUGAAGAGCCGCCGUGGCGUCUUCAGCUGGUGGAAGCGUCUGCUCACACUGAAAGAGGAGAAACCUAGAAUGUACUUCCUGUCUGUGAUCAGCACACUGGUGGUGGUGGCAUGGAUUGGUCAGCAAGUGCACAACUUGUUGCUGACCUACCUGAUCGUUACUUUCCUGCUGCUCCUCCCCGGACUCAACCAGCAUGGCAUUAUCACCAAGUAUUCAGCAAUGGCCAAGCGUGAGAUCAACAAGCUGCUGAAGCAGAAGGAGAAGAAGAACGAGUGAAGAGUAUCAUUGCAGGGCAAGAAAAGCGAAUAAACAGAUGCCCCCUACAAGGCCCCCCACCCUUUUUUAUAGACCAAUCAGAGAAUCCCAUAACAACAAACAACUUUCAGAUUGUCUUUAGCUACAGCAGUUUUAAUUGUGUGCCAGUUUUUAUUACUUUGAGCGCAAUGGAUGUGAACUUGUUACUUGUUUGUUAGGCCAUAUUGACUCUGUUGGUGAAUAGGCUGUUUUGGCUUCUCCCCUUUCUGUCCUGUGGCUGAGCCAAAGUACACAAAUGCGCGUUAAGUUAGAACACUUAGUUUAGUGUCGCCUUGUAAACGCCAUUGUUACUUCAAUGUGUCUGUAUCCUCCAUGCGAGGGAUACUAGUUUCUCGAUAGACUUUGGCUCUCUCAGCUGGGGAUGGAGGCUGGCGGCUUUAGAAGGCUUACCUCUGCUCUGCCCCGCCCCGCCCCUAAAUCCUUCUCUUAAUGCACUGAAAGAGUUUUUUAUUUUUCCUUCUUCCACUGAGAGAAGCUGCCCGCUGGGACUGCUUAGACCAGUGUGUGAACUUGUGAAAUGUACUACUGUAUCAAAUUCUCGUAUCUGCUGAUGGUGUCCCUGCCAAGCCGCAACACCGUGCUGGGCCAUUUCUGUAAAUAUGCCUGUCCUUUACUCCGUUUUUUGUCCCCUUAGUGUGUUACUGAGCUGUGCUGCCCACCCAGACCUUUCCUGUUCAUCACACCAGUUUUUUUUUUCCUUCUCUCUUCCGUUCUGUCAAGAGUAAUAAAGUUUGAUCUCAGAGGAA